AAAGAUCUCGACAAAAAGAAAAAAGAGGACCUUCAAAAGGAAGGCAAAAAGAGGAGCGAGGACUAUCAAGUCUUAAAAAGGAAUUUUCGAAACAAGAGUGAAGAAAUGGAAACCGCUACAAAUAAACUGAAAAUGCAAUUAAAAUCUGCACAGUCUGAACUAGAGCAAACAAGGAAUACCCUAAAGUCAAUGGAAGGGUCUGAUGGUCAUGCUAUGAAAGUGGCAAUGGGUAUGCAAAAGCAAAUCACAGCCAAAAGAGGUCAGAUAGAUGCCCUUCAAAGCAAGAUCCAGUUUUUGGAAGAGGCCAUGACAAAUGCAAAUAAGGAGAAACAUUUUUUAAAAGAAGAGAAGAAUAAACUCAGUCAGGAGCUGAGCACUGUUGCGACAGAAAAAAAUAAGAUGGCUGGGGAGCUGGAAGUUCUGCGGUCUCAAGAACGCCGCUUGAAAGAAAAGGUUGCUAAUAUGGAAGUUGCUCUUGAUAAGGCAUCUUUGCAGUUUGCAGAAUGUCAAGAUAUAAUACAGCAUCAGGAGCAGGAAUCUGUAUGCCUAAAACUUCAGCAAGCCUCUGUUACCCGUGUCCACUCUAAUGUACCAUCUUCCCAGUCUACAGCCAGCUUCCUUUCACAUCACUCUGGGAAGACCACCACACUAAAGGAAGACCCCACAAAGGAUCUGAAACAGCUUCUUCAGGAGCUGAGAAGCGUGAUCAAUGAGGAGCCAGCUGUGCAGCUGAGCAAGGCAGAGGAUGAGGGGAGAGCACCGUCGCUUGGGGCCUUGGAUGAUAGGGUAAGAGACUGCAUCAUCGAAUCAAGCCUGAGAUCAGACAUAUGCCAUAGAAGCAACAACUCAUUAAGGGACUCCAUGGAAGGGAGCAAGUCCAGUGGAACUCUCAGCAGGGAGCCAGUCCUGUUACAUGCAGAACUGGAAGAUCCAUCAAGUUGUUUCACGUUCCUGUCUACAGCGAGCCCAUCUGUGAAAAACUCAGCUUCCCGAUCAUUCACUUCCCCUAAGAAGUAUCCAAUGCACUCGCUGCUCACGAGUUCAGCUGAAGAUUCAGUAGGUUCCUCGCCACAGUACAGAUCCACCAAAACUGUUCCCUCACCUGAUUCUGCUAAAGAUUCACAGUCUCCACCAGUAGAAACAACAGGGAAAACAUGCAGGAAACUUCAGAAUAGACUGGAAAGCUUGCAAACCCUGGUAGAAGAUUUGCAGCUGAAGAACCAAGCAAUGUCUUCAAUGAUCAAAAAUCAAGAAAAGAGGACACAGAAGGUGAAGGACCAGGAAAAAAUGUUGCUAAAGUGACACCUUACUUGCCUGUCUUUACAGAGGGAUGAUGUCCCAUCCAUUGUGAUGUUACUUAUAAUUAGUGCCCUGUGUACUUUUUUCUUUUUAUGUGAAAAUUUAAUACGAUCAGCUCCAAAAGCUAUUGGCAAAUCUACACAAGAGGGAAAAGGAGUUGAGUCUGGAGAAGGAGCAGAACAAGAGGCUGUGGGACCGAGACACGGG